ACUGUCAUGUCCCUCCUGUGCCCAUGUGAGGACACAAGGUCAGGCAGUUUUCUUGCUCCAGAAACUCUGCUCAAAUGACGGCAUGGCCUUCAGCAGAGCGCCAAAACUUCCCUCGAUUCCAUGCGGCAUCCAUGAACACGCUCACUUGUCCCUUGUCGCUUGCAAAUAUAUAGACCCGGUCGUCGCUGGCCUCGUCACCGGACCGGCGUCAUGUGUGCGUGAUUGAAGCCGGAGAUCUCACCGCCUGCGCCGGCCAUGUCGUUGCCGUCGCUUGCUCGCUACGACGUCAACGUCCUGCUGGCCGCGGUGGCCGCUCUCUCGGCGGCGGUCGCCUUCGUCGCCGCGCUCCACCUCUACGCGCGGUGCCUCCUGCAGCGGCGCGCCGCCCUCGCGGAGGGCAACCCCCGCGUGCUCGUGCUGCGGCGCCCCCCGCCGGACGGCUACGAGCUGGAGGUCGUCAGCGAAGGUGCGUGCGGCCAGGGCGCCGCCGGGCUGGACGCCAAGGCGCUGCGCGCGCUGCCGGUGUUCAUGUGGGAACCGUCCAAGGUGGGGGAGGAGGGCGGCGUCGCCGCGGCAGCGGAGCACGACGGGCAGUGCGCGGUGUGCCUCGGGGAGUUGGAGGACGGGGAGCUGGGGAGGCUGCUCCCGGCAUGCCGCCACGUGUUCCACGUGGAGUGCAUCGACACGUGGCUUGGGGUGAGCUCGACGUGCCCGGUAUGCCGGACGGCGGCGGCGGCUCCGGCCGCAGACGUGGCACCCGGACCCGGUGAGGUAGAUCCCAGCUGAGGCGCCGAGUGUUAGUAACUUGCAUGGUAAAAGUGGUUUGAUGGUUAGUGGUUACAUGGUAAAAGUGUGAUAGUGUAUCUUGAUGUGUAUUAUUCUUCCAAUGUACUGGCUCUUGUUUCUUAUCUUUGCUAAGAUAAUAAUAUCAAGAUGUAGUUUGGACGCCA